CCGACGCUUCUCGAUCUCAACACUCAAGGUGACCGCUGCCGUAAAUGUGACUAAAAGGAUGUCAGCAACGGAUGUGGUGCAGUGCGCGAGGCAGGCCGCCUUAGAAGACAUGGCUGGGUUUUCUUUCAAUGGAACCUGCACAGCAUACAGAUUUGGCAAGAAACUCUGCUCCUGUUCGACGGAAGAACCAGUCAUUUACGUGACCAACUCCAGUAUUUCCUACGGAACUCCUUCAAGUGUUCCUUUCAGCGCUGCUCCCUACGUCAACGUUACUGUUGAGAACACCGCAUUGAAGCUGUACCAGCUCGUGAAUGUCGUCCAAGCUGUCUUUCAGCCAGAAUUUAUGCCGCAAUCAGCCAUCCCACUGGCAGCAUCGAACGUCCACCUCUUUCCUCAAGACAAUGGCACCUACAGAGGUAUUUUUAUAGCUGAACUGGACGUGGCUUCUUGCGUCACCGACUCUCCUUGCGGAAUAACUGUCCUCGUAACCACAAUCCUCCCAUCUUACAACCUGCGUGAGUAUCAGUUACGCAGAGUGUUCGGUAUUUUAACAAAACUAUAAUCUACGUCAGGUUCCCUG